CGCAGAAUAUUUACACACCGAAUAAACAUGGGCAAUCGACGCUUUUGGAGUGAAGCAGAGGUGAUUGUCGCCUGCAGAGCGACGGGCUCGCUGAAAGUGUUGCGCGGGAAGCCUCUCGUCAAGAGUGUGAGCGGCGUCCUAGGGGGUAGAGUCACAUGCGCCUCUAGACCAGUUUAGUUUUUCAGUGCGGGCACUGGUCGCCAUUAUCAGCACAGCAGUGGUUGCCCCGAGGCCGCCGUCCCUAAGUCGACGGGGCUCCCUCCCUCUUUCCCACUCUAGAUCUCACACUUCUAGUAGUGGUUCUUCAUCUCACUCCUGGAUGGGCUGAAGCAUUGCAAGCCUCAUCAACCAGGCUGUGUGUGUGCGUGUUGCUUCUGCCGCGUUGUGGAAGAGUCUUUCGACACUGCCCCCUCAAUGUGUAGUUCUAGAGGUUUUAGACCAGGGGUUGAGCUCUCAGGUUUUGGAAUUCAGAGGACCUAGUGGAAUGAGGGCUCGCAUUGUGUUUCGCAGAUGAAAGCUUGGUUUUGGAUUUAGCUCCGAGGUUAAGGUUCGAGAAAUCAGCUACGGUUCUGCAGCUGCUGAAGACUUUGCUUAGGAUCUGGACAUGUUUGAAUAGGUAGUCCGAUUGUAUGAAGCACCUUGCUUGUCUUUCACAUCAAGCAAGUCCACUUGUAUCUCAGUCGUGAUAACGUAGGUGGUAGCCAUGAGAGGGUUUAAGAUAUCUAGGGCAUUGUUGAUAAUCGCUCUCGUGGCUAUUUCCACGACAUCUGUGAAGGGACAAGGUUUCCCUGAGAAUCCCAUUAUUAAGGCUCCAGCGGUAGCUCCAGUGAUCGCUCCCCUUGCGCCUGUUUCUUUCGCACCCGCCCCAGAGCCUGCGCCUCUGUGGCCCCCUUGUGAUGGCGUUGAUAUUGUGUACACGAACAUGUACGCGGUGAAGAUCUACCCUUUCCUCAAUGAUACUCCCUGGCUCCAACCUUACAGAUUCGAGUCCGCCGUCACGAUCACGAACAUGGGGUACUCGACAGUGGAAGGCUGGGCGAUUGGAAUUGAUUUCCAGAACCACGAGAUUAUUGUAGAUGCCGAAGGAAUAGUGUUGGAAGACGGGCGCCUAAUGCCAGUCGACGUCUCUAACGGUACCAUCCUCACGCAAAUUCCCGCUGGAGUGUUGAAAAACGCUAUCGAGACAGCUGGGGACAUGACUCAGGUUCAGAAAUCUUUCAUCAUCAAAGGGACGGAGUUCGGGGUAAAGUUAAAUCCGAUGCCGCGGAGCAUUAACAUCACUCAGAAAGGAUACAACUGCAGCAAGGCAUUGCUCUACGGAAAUAAUACUAUGCACACAUGCUGCUCAGAGCCAAACCGGAACAUAACCUUGACUGACGACGAAUUCUUCUUGCCUCCUGAGACGGGGAAUAUCACCAUCACCUACGAUGUCACUCAGGCUUAUCCCGGCAGCUACUUGGCACAUGUAACUAUCUCGAAUGACAGUCCAAUUGCGCGUCUGGACUUCUGGAACAUUUCCUUCACGUGGCAAGAAAACGAGUUCAUAACGAAGAUGAUGGGUGCUACAACUCGAGAAGCCGACAGGGAGGUAUGCUUGAACGGAAUUGCAGGGAAAACUUACACCGAUCCGGACAUGAACACGGUUCUUAGCUGCUCCGUGAGCCCCGAGAUAAUUGACCUUCCGAUGGAAAAAUACAACGACACUCAAGUUGGUAGGAUCGAAUAUUGCUGCAGAAACGGAACCCUUUGGCCAGCGUUGCUUGAUGAGAAGAAAUCUAAGUCCGCCUUUCUUAUGAACGUGUUUAAGGUUCCUCCCAUGAGCAAUCAGCUGAAUCACAUCAUCCCUCCCGGCAACUGGAGGAUUGCAGACGGAAGGUUCAAGUGUGGUGUGCCACGCCGAAUCAAGCCUACAGCUUACCCGGAUCCUUAUGUGCUCCACGAGACCACUGCCUUCAAGACUUGGCAGGUGACGUGCAAUGAGACUGCAAAUAAGCCCCCUCCUAAGUGCUGCGUCUCCUUCUCGAAAUACACCAAUGAUUCCAUCGUCCCGUGCCGCACUUGCGCCUGCGGCUGUCCUGCGAAUCCUCAACCAGCUUGCAACCCCAAAGCCUCCGCUAUGUUGCUCCCGUACAGUGCCAUCACAAUGCACCCAGAGAAUCGAACAAGGCAGAUCCUCGCAUGGGCCGACAUAAAUCACAACAAGAACAUUCCGAAUCCUCUUCCUUGCCAGGACUAUUGUGGUGUCGCCAUCAACUGGCACGUCGUGUCUAAUUUCACUGGCGGGUGGAGUUCCAGGAUGACGCUCUUCGAUUGGUCGGACACGACGUACCCCGAUUGGUUCACCGUUCUUCAAAUGACGGGUGCUUACGACGGAUUCCAGCAAGCGUACUCCUUUAAUGCCACGCAAAUGACUAUCAUGAAUGGAACGGCCCCCGACAACACCAGCAUUAUGGUCACGGGCCUAGAAGGCUUGAAUUAUUUGAUGGCUGCUACGAACCGAUCCGCAGGGAAGUUGCAGUCCGUGUUCUCCUUCACUAAGAAACUUACUCCGAACAUGCGUGAACGCGACUACUUCCCAGAGAAGGUCUGGUUCAACGGCGAGGAAUGCGCAAUGCCGCAGGGCUUUCCAUUGUCAAGUGGAGCUAUUCGGACUCGUGGUGGAGCUUUUGGCAUGGGGAUCUUGGUGUGCUACAUUCUCGUCUCUAAUCUCUUCGGCCUCCUCUAAGGUCUCAAGAAGUGCGUGUAAAGAAGAAUUCGAUCACGUCAUCUGGUACAAUAUGGUCGGGGUACAAUUCCAGAUAGCUAGAGGGUAGUACAGAACAGAUUGAUUUUUAAAAAUUCUUUGGGCAUUGCUGCAAUGGCAGUAUCAGGAACCCAACCCCACGGCCCUCGAGUUGUAUAGUACAUGAGACGGAACACAGAUAUUUUUUGUCCAUCAGGCUGGGCUUGUUCGUGCCUGUUCCAGCAGCGAUGACGAGUGGGUAGCGCUUGUACACUGGAGGUGUGCUAGAGCCGGCAUGGAAACUCGCCAUGCCAGGUGUGCCCUAAAAAUUCUUUUAAUCUGCCCAGUAAACACGAGGACAAGCAUUUUUCUGCAGUGUCUACUACUUUCUUCCAA